AUUUUAAAUAUUAAAUGGGUCUAUCCUAUCCUGGUUACAAGAUAAGGGAUAAUCGUUUGUGGUUGUGAAUUGAUAAAAAAUUGAAGGAUGACGAAAGGAGGAGAGACACCAGUACCUCUGCUCACCCCAUACACGCUGGGAAAGUUUCAUCUAUCUCACAGGAUAGUGUUGGCACCGUUAACGCGAACAAGGUCCUACAACUUUGUCCCUCAGCCUCAUGGUGCUGUUUAUUAUUCUCAAAGAGCUACUAAAGAUGCCUUCUUGAUUGGAGAAGCUUCUGGUGUCUCUACCACCGCACAAGGGUACCCACAUACCCCUGGAAUUUGGACAAGGGAACAAGUAGAAGCAUGGAAGCCUAUUGUCAACGGAGUUCAUGAAAAAGGAGCCAUAUUUUUCUGUCAACUUUGGCAUGCCGGAAGAGUAUCCAAAUAUGAGUUCCAGCCUGAAGGUAAACCCCCGAUAUCAUGCACAGACAAGCGCCUUCGAAAAGAUAUCUCCAACGAUCCUGCUGCAGCUGAUAAGUACCCACCUCCUCGCAGACUCAACACCCAUGAAAUUCCAAUAAUUGUCAAUGAUUUUAAAAUUGCCGCAAGGAAUGCAAUGGAAGCAGGUUUUGAUGGAGUAGAGAUCCACGCAGGUAAUGGAUACCUGUUGGAUCAAUUCCUAAAGGACAAAGUGAAUGACAGAGAUGACAAGUAUGGAGGUAACUUAGAGAAUCGUUGUCGCUUCCCACUUGAAGUUGUGAAGGCAGUAGCUGAUGAGAUCGGAGCUGACAGGGUUGGUGUGAGGUUGUCCCCUUUCGCCGAUUAUAAUGAUUGUGAAGACACAGAUCCUCAAGGAUUGGGUAUUUACAUGGCUGAAUCAUUGAAUCAAUUGGGCAUUCUGUACUGUCAUAUGAUUGAGCCAAGGAUGGUCACACAAUUUAACAAAUCUGACACCACCAAAUGGUCAUUGAUGCCUAUUAGGAAGGUCUUCAAAGGGACAUUUAUUGUUGCUGGAGGUUACGAUCGGACUGAAGGAAACCGCGCUAUAGAAUCUGGUGCUGCUGAUUUGGUGGCUUAUGGACGACUCUUUUUGGCAAAUCCAGAUCUCCCUAAAAGAUUUGAGUUGAAUGUGGAUGAAUACAACCACCCUGAUCCAACCACAUUUUAUUCACACGACCCUGUGCUUGGAUAUACUGAUUAUCCAUUUCUACAAAAUACUCCUUGUACUUCUGUUUGAGACAGGCAAACGAGUUUAAUUUAAUAAAGCUACCAAUGCUAAUCUCUUGUUGUUGAGUAUUUGUGCAAGGAACAAGUUUUAACCUAUAUUCUUGAUUAGGUUAGAUUGUUGGAUUAUUUGAGUGUUGUAACUCCGUUUUGGACGCUGACGGAUGCGUUAGAAUGAUAACAUAAAAGACUAUUAUGCUUGUACCAUGUUAUAGUAAAUUAUGAAUGCUAUGAAUUAUAUUAUGAUGUA